AUGGUUCCAGGAUUAAUAUUUUUUUAAGAUUUCCAUAAUCUCAUUCCAAAAAGGCUGAAUAAAAGAACAAAAGUUGUAAGUAAUUAUUUAAUAAAGUCUUAAUAAAUAAUAUAAGAUCAUCCUUCACGAUUAAGAAACAUAAAUUAACGAACAUCACUUUGAAUUACUUUCAAAAUGAUUAAUUCCUAGUAUUUAUUGAAAUCGAAUUAUUUAUUUAUUAUUUAAUUUAAUUUUCUAGUCCAAGCUAACUUAAGAAAAAUAAAAAUAUUAAAACAUUUCAAUCAGAUGUAAAGACAAUAAGUUCCAAUUUAUUGAAACUAUUNUGAAGCAGAAGGAACUCAUGAGGCUGAAGGUACUCAUGAAGCUGAAGGAACCCAUGAAGCUGAAGGAACACAUGAGGCUGAAGGAACACAUGAAGCUGAAGGAACACAUGAAGCAGAAGGAACUCAUGAGGCUGAAGGUACUCAUGAAGCUGAAGGAACCCAUGAAGCUGAAGGAACCCAUGAAGCAGAAGGAACUCAUGAAGCUGAAGGAACACAUGAAGCUGAAGGAACCCAUGAAGCUGAAGGUACUCAUGAAGCUGAAGGUACUCAUGAAGCAAAAGGAACUACCCAUAAAGCAGAAGAAACUGAGGGAACAACAGAUGGAACAGAAGGAAAAGCUGAUGCUUAAUCAAAAGCCCAACCUGAAAAAGAAAAUCACAAUUAGGAGCCAGAAGUAAAAAUAUUAUAUAUUUUACAGGAACCCUGCGUUAUUUUAUACUCAGAAUGUCAUUUCACUGGAGAUGAAUUAAAACUUUGCGGUGCUCACCCUGUUAUUCCAAAUGAUAUGAAAAAUUUUAAAGUGAAAUCAAUAAAAGUUCCCGAAGGUGUUUAGGUUACAUUCUUCAACAAGCCCAACUUUGAUGAUGAAAAAUUACAUGCUAAAAAUGAGAUGGAAUGUCUUGAAACACCUUUAAGAUUGAAUUUACUAGAAUUGAUGAAUAAUCUAAGAAUGUCAAAGCAUAUUAAUAUAAACUCUAUAUCAGUUACAAAUUGA